AUGGUUCGUUGUGCAAGUACUCAACAAGACGAUCGUAAAGCGGUUAUAAUUAUGAGAGAAUUUGCUAAACAGAACAUCGAUCUCAGCAGAACUCGACACAGCACCUCAGAUAAGUUAGAGCUCUCAGAAGAGGGUGCAAAAGAUACGUUCUUCUCAAUGGGACAACUCAACGGUACACCUCAUCAAGGUACUGAUAGAUUUGUCAUAAGAAAUACGAUUAGCAUUAAAAGAGUUCCCAUAAUCCCAGUCAGUCGCUAUAACGCCUCGGCAUAUCAGCCUUGA